AUGACUGACUACACGGCUAUCGCGAAGGAGACGUUGAACUUGGCCAAGGAGCUGAGGGAGAUGGCUGAUGGAUGGACCACGCUCAAGGAGGCCGAGGGCGUCCUGCUCGAGGCCAGGCCGCGCGAGGGCAGCUACAUCAACUGCUACCGCGUCUCGGGCAAGGUGGCACGCUCGCCCAAGGAGGCCGCCGAGCAGUUCUGGAACUGGGGCAAGGAGGAGUGGCAGAAGAUGUCGGCUGAUGUGCAAGAGUACGAGGUCAAGGUGCCCGACCUGGAGGGCAACCCGGACAUGAAGAUCGUCUACCAACGUGCCGCGCUCCCCUGGCCCCUGUGGCACCGCGACGUGUGCCUCUUGAUGUGGAAAACGCAAGAUGAGGCUGAGGGAUCUCACGCGGUCAUAGUCAAGUCGGUGCCCGAGCUACCCAGCAGCUACGUUCGCGCCACGGUCUUGCUGGGCGGCUACGUCUUCCUGCCGGUCGAGGGCGACAGCUCAUCUUCGCGCGUGGUGCGCCUCGUGCACAUCGAGCCGAAUGGAAGCAUCCCUUCGACCAUUGUCAACAUGAAGGCCACUGAACUGCACCAGCAGAUGCUGUCGUUCCAGGCCAUGUUCUGCUGA